CCCCGGAGUCAAUUGGACUCAAAAUCCUCUCCUAUAAGUAGCCGUAUUUGACAUUUUAGCAGCACUUGUUCUCUUCUUCUUCCUUCGUUUCUCUCCCUUUUCCUCUCACCGUUGCUUCGCUCUCACCACCGAGAGACACAACACAACACACAGCCAUGACCAUGGUAACCGCCGAAGUAGAGAAACCCCUUCAAGUACUUCCCAUUCUCUCAAGAGACACCACUUUCACAUCUCUAUCAAGAAGGUUGGAAGGUAAAGUCGCCAUUGUAACUGGCGGGGCCAGAGGAAUAGGUGAAGCAACGGUGAGAGUUUUCGUGAAGCAUGGCGCAAAGGUAGUAAUCGCCGAUGUCGAGGACACACUCGGAACCAUGCUUGCAGAGACAUUAGCUCCUUCAGCUACUUACGUCCACUGCGAUGUAAGCAUUGAAGAAGACAUUGAAAAUCUGGUGAGUUCGACAAUCUCUCGCUAUGGACAGUUAGACAUCAUGUUCAACAAUGCCGGUGUUCUCGGGAACCAGUCCAAGAACAAGAGCAUUGUGAAUUUCGACCCUGAAGAGUUUGAUAAAGUGAUGCGCGUGAACGUGAAGGGAACGGCGCUUGGAAUGAAGCACGCGGCGAGGGUGAUGAUUCCGAGGGGUGUUGGGUGUAUAAUCUCCACCGCGAGUGUGGCUGGGCUUAUGGGUGGGCUUGGGCCGCACGCUUACACGGCCUCGAAGCAUGCCAUUGUUGGGCUCACGAAGAACGUGUCUUGUGAGUUGGGUAGGUAUGGGAUUAGGGUGAAUUGCAUUUCUCCAUUUGGGGUCGCCACGUCGAUGCUUGUCAACGCGUGGCGAACGAGCGGUGGUGGUGGUGGUGACGACGAUAAAUGUGGCGAUGACGAUGAUGAUAGCUUCAAUUUUGGGAAUUUUGGGUUGCCACUUCAAGAGGAAGUGGAGAAAAUGGAGGAGUUUGUGAGGGGGUUGGCAAACUUGAAAGGAACAACUUUAAAGGCUAAACAUGUUGCUGAGGCCGCUCUUUAUCUUGCUAGUGAUGAAUCCAAGUAUGUUAGCGGUCAUAAUCUUGUUGUGGAUGGUGGAGUCACCUCUUCAAUAAAUUGUGUUGGCUUGUAAUUUUAAUGUUAGUUUUGUUUUAAUCUUCUUCUUGUUGUUGUAUUUCUAACUAACUAGUGCUCGUAGGGUCCUAGGUUAAGAAACAUUGAUCAAUUAAGAUCAUGUAAUCUCUUAUUUGUCUUUAGGUUAGUGGUGGAAUUAGUGGUGAACAAAUAUUUUUCCUUGUAAUAUAGUUUCUCAAUCAUUCUUGCAGUUCUAUUCUUUUAUAAAACAAUCUCAAUUUUAAUUUCAAA